GGAGUGGCUCCUCCUUCUUCGGUCGACCGGUGCCCGGCCCGCCCAUCCCCAGCUCCGUCUGCGGAGAGAGGGCAGAGUUCCCCGCGCGGGUGGGCGAUGCCGCUCGGGCUCCUUUUCCAGCUGCAGAUUCACAACCAGCAUAAUGUUGGUACUCCAAAUUCUUAACCAGAAGUGUGCAGAAUGGCGCAGGGAGAAGUUAACCUGGACCAUGAUAUACCACUCCUGACCCUUCCACCAUAUUGGGCCAAAACCAUUGUGGGACUUUUUUCCAUUAUCUGCUUUGUGAACAGCUAUGAUGGAGAUUUUGUCUUUGAUGACUCUGAAGCUAUAAUCAACAAUAAGGAUCUAAGGGCUGAUACCCCACUUGGUGAUCUGUGGCAUCAUGACUUUUGGGGGAAUAAACUCAGUAGCAAUACAAGCCACAAAUCUUACCGACCGCUUACUGUAUUCACUUUCAGGAUUAAUUACCUUUUAGCUGGAGGCUUCCACCCAUUGGGCUUUCAUAUCAUCAAUAUAAUACUCCAUUGUAUUAUUUCUGUCUUAAUUGUUGAUGUCUUCUCAAUAUUAUUGGGUGGGCUGCACUACACCAAUAAAGGAAGAAGGCUCAACUUUGUCCCCAAAUCCUCCUUCCUAGCGGCUUUGCUGUUUGCUGUACAUCCUGUGCACACUGAAUGUAUUGCAGGGAUCGUUGGCAGAGCAGACCUCUUGUGUGCCCUAUUUUUUCUGUUAUCUUUUCUUGGCUACUGCAAGGCGUUUAAAGAGAAUAAAGAAGGAUCCCAGUUCUCCAUCGGUUGGGUUUUGCUGAGUGUUCUCCUUGGCACUAUGGCGAUGCUGUGCAAAGAACAAGGCGUUACAAUAUUGGGUUUAAAUGCUCUGUUUGAUGCUGUCGUGAUCAACAGGCUCAAUAUUUUGGAAGUUGUUUUGAAGAUACUUCAUAAGGAUAAGUCAGUAGAGAGCCUAGUGGUGUUUAGAAAAGGACUUCUUUUCAGAAUUACUCUUUUGUUAUCUGGAGGAGCCACUGUUCUAUAUGCCCGCUGGCAAAUUAUGGGCACAGGGCCUCCAGCAUUUACAGAAGUGGAUAACCCAGCUUCAUUUGCAACCAGUCCGUUUGUAAGGGCUGUAAAUUAUAAUUACUACUAUUCUCUGAAUGCUUGGCUGCUGCUGUGUCCCUGGUGGCUGUGUUUUGAUUGGUCAAUGGGCUGCGUGCCCCUUAUUAAAUCAGUCAGUGACUGGAGAAUAAUUGCUCUGGUGCUUCUUUGGCUGUGCCUGAUUGUGCUAGCAUGCCAAGCUUUGGGUUCGAAAGAUGGCCAGAAAAGAAGAAUCCUUACCCUGGGAUUGGGAUUUCUCAUCAUUCCUUUUCUACCUGCAAGUAACCUAUUUUUUAGAGUUGGGUUUGUUAUUGCCGAGAGGGUCACCUAUCUUCCCAGUAUUGGUUACUGCAUAUUGAUUACAUAUGGAUUUUGUCUGUUGUGUAAACAAGCUAAGAAUAAGAAAUUUUUGGUUGCUGCUCUGCUGGGCCUCUUACUGAUAAAUAUGUGGCGUUGCAUCAUCCGUAGUAACCAAUGGAGAUCGGAGGAGCAGCUUUUUAGAAGUGCUUUGUCUGUCUGUCCACUGAAUGCCAAAGUCCAUUAUAAUGUUGGCAAAAACUUGGCUGAUAAUGGCAAUCAAAGCGCUGCAAUCAGCUACUACAGAGAGGCUGUAAGAUUGAAUCCUAAAUACGUACAUGCUAUGAACAACUUGGGAAAUAUCUUGAAAGAAAAAAAUGAACUUCAUGAAGCUGAAGAACUUCUCUCACUAGCUGUUCAAAUACAGCCUGAUUUUGCAGCAGCAUGGAUGAAUUUAGGGAUAGUGCAGAAUAGCUUAAGAAGGUAUGAAGAAGCAGAGGAAAGCUACUGGACUGCAAUUAGACACAGGAAAAAAUACCCAGAUUGUUACUAUAAUCUAGGACGCUUAUAUGCCGAUCUAAAUCGCCACAUAGAUGCAUUGAAUGCCUGGAGAAACGCUACAGUGUUGAAACCACAACAUAGUUUGGCUUGGAACAACAUGAUUAUAUUGCUUGACAAUACAGGGAACUUGGCACAAGCAGAAACCGUUGGAAGGGAAGCUUUGGAGUUAAUACCAAAUGAUCAUUCUCUUAUGUUUUCGCUGGCAAAUGUACUGGGGAAAUCACAGAAAUAUAAGGAAUCUGAAGCUUUGUUCCACAAGGCAAUUAAAGCCAAUCCAACUGCUGCGAGUUACCAUGGCAAUUUGGCUGUGCUGUACCAUCGCUGGGGAAAUUUCGACCUAGCCAAGAAACACUAUGAAGUCUCUCUGAAGCUUGACCCCACAGCAGCUGGGACCAGGGAAAACUACAGUCUUUUAAAAAAGAAACUGGACCAACUGCAAAAAAAAAGGGUGACGCCGGAGGUUUCUUCUCAGGCUUUGAGUGCAGAUUUCAUAUAACGUGGCUACAGAUCACCAGGGAGAAGACUACAGAACACAACAACAUGGGCCGUGCAGGAAGUUUCUUGAAAUUUCUAGCAUUAGAAUUUCAAAGGGGAAAAAAAGGCUCUAGUUUAGAACAUUUCAAUUAGAGAAUUAAAAGGGCUUUCUUCUCCUUUUCGGGGUUGUUGGGGUUUUUUGGGGGGGGGGGUUGAACCAGUGAUGAAACCUGAUGAAUAUUUAUACUGAUGUUCAAUCAUUUGCACUGGUAGAGUCCACGUUAAAAUGAAGAGUUGGAGAUAGCCUUCAGCAAAGCAUAUGAAUGGAGAACUGUCCCCAGUUUCAGAAAUGGAAGUGGAUGGUAACUGUUUUGCUUUCAGUAGGAAUCCCAGUGCAAUCCUGGUAUAGGUAGCCUUUGACCUACGACUACAAUUGGGACUGUAAUUUUAGUCCCGAAAGAGAUGUGGUUAUUAAGCGAGACAUCCCGUGAUUGGAUCCGAGUUUACAACCAUUUUAUCAUGGACAUUAAGCAAAUUACAAAGCCAUUGAGCAAACCUGGAUCCCCCAAUUUAUUUGGCUUGUGGGAAGCCAGCUGGGAAGUUGCAGAUUGCUAACAUGUGAUUGCAAGAUAAUGCAACUCAUCAAUGCGCACCAGUUGCCCAUAGCCCAAAUUGCAAUCACAUGACUGCAGAGGUUGUAUGAUGGUCCUAACUUGGAGGGCAGGUUGUAAGAAAGGUUUUUUGAGGUUGUCAUAACUUCGAACUGUCAUGAAACAGACAAUUGUAAAUCAAAGACUACCUGUAUGCAAUAUGACCUUGUAAUAAGGACAACACUUUGAGCAGGGAAAAUUGAUUUGUACAUUGAUGAAGAGAUGAUUUGCUUUGAAGUUGCUUUCAUCUGGCCAGGUUUUAAUUGCUGUCCAUGUGCUGUAAAUAAACCUGCUGAAAAUGAGAUAUAGCAGGUCGAGAUUUGUCUACUGCAAGAAUUCUUUGAAUUCAUAGUGCUCCUAGGUACAGGUAUUUGUUAUCAAAUAAGUUAGUCAGUGUUUGAUUGGGAUACAAAGGAAGGCUUGCUAUUUUGAAGUUGUAAAAUUGUGUGUGGGGUGUCUGUGCCUGGAAGGUUGCAUAAAUUAUUUCAACACGUCAGCUGGGAAUCGAUCAUUACGACUGAAGACAAAGGGGCUUUUUUCUCUGGGUUUGAUACAUUGGUGCCUCUUUUUGUGGUCCUACGAACAGCUUAAAUCCAUACAAUUUCUUGAUGUUUCUUCAUUUCCUUUUGGUGAGUUAUAGAGAUGCCAAAAACAUACGGCAAGGACACCUGUUAAUAUUAUAUCUAACUUUGUUGAGUAAUUUAAGGAUCGGGAAAUAGUUUGUUCUUCUCUGUCCAUAUUUAUUCUUGGUGGAGUCUGUAUUUUUCUGUGCUGAAGAGAAAUCUAGAAUCUAGUAUUCUAGAAUCUUAGUCCCUAGUUUCAGCUUCUUCUAAAAGAAGGACCACUAUGGAAAAAGGAGUUUUAAAGCCUCAUGACUUCUGUAUUAGAGGUUCCACACACUUUAUUAAAAAAAUUCAAACAAAUAGAUUCUAUUCAGCAUUGCACUGUUUUAGCCAUCAUGGACUUUUUUUAGAUAUUAAUAUUCCAUCAGACAAGGUAAUUAUAGAGCAGAGUUCCUCAAUCCCUGGUUUGUGGACUGGCACCGGGCUACGGCCUACCAGGAACCGAGCUGGGCAAGCAAGCAAAGCCUCAUCUUUGCACAUGCAGAAUCCAAGUAGCGUGUGAAACCAUGCCCCUCCCCAAUCUGCAGAAAAACCGCCCUCCACAGAAACGGUCCUUGGCACCUGAAAGGUUCUGGGGCCACUGUUAUAGAGAAUAUUUUAAAUAUCUAGAAAGUCCACCUGCCAUAUUCAUUUCAUUAUAAAGUAAUAGGAAUUGGGAGCUAAGAUUCCGGAACAAAGUAAAUGUGUUCCAUAUUUAUUUUUCAUUUUCCAUGCUGCCUUUCUUCCUGCUGAUAUGUAUAUCUCCAGACAGUUGUUACAUCAGAUUCAUGCUCAUUCAAUAAUAAGAGUAAUUCUCUGGGAAUAGAAACCUCUGUAUUUGGCAAUGCAUCUAGCUUGAUGCAAUUUUGAGAGUACUAUAAUAUUGUAAUUUUGUUUUUUCAGCUUUAAAUAUGUUCAGGUCCUCUCGUUUAUUUUACCUUAUAUGAGCAGAUUCAAGAUAGAGAUAUAAUCAUUUCUGAAGUACUUGCAUAUGUUAAGUGACAACUGUGUUUGUUCAAAUUAUGUUCCCAUAUACAGUUCAGUUUACCUAUUUAUGUACAAGUACUAAGGGUCUCUUGGCAUUCAAAAGUCUAUUGUUUUAUUUUAUUUUAUUUUUAAAAGAAUGAUGUAGAUAUCAAUCUUCUCAGAAAAAAUAUCUGAUUGGAUAAUAGAAAUCAAUGUCAGAGGCUGUAAAAGGUUUAUGAUAUUCAAAAAAACCCAUUUGGCUAGUGAGUUUUUCCUGACCUACAUUGUUUUAAUAAGGCUUCAAUUACAAACUCUUGUAGAUUUUAAAAUACUCCUAGCAUUUGAUAAUAAUUUAUGGCAAAAUUGAGUUUGUUUGAUCAUAAGUAGCAUAAUUUAUUUUGUUAAGGGAACACAGAGGCACGUUUCAAGAUUUUAUAACCAUGCUCCAAAAUGAGAAAGAAAUUCUACUCUUAUAUAAAGCUACAUUAACAGAAUCUUGCAAGUCUCAAAGUACCAUUUUCCCAGCAUCUCCUUUACAGCCCAAAAAAUUAAGGUAUCGUCUGAACAUCUUCCCUGCUCACUUUUCAGCUGUGAACGAUGCUGUCUCUUAUCUGAUUAUUCCUUAGGCAGCAUUUCUUGAUCAUUUCUUCCGAGGUCUUUCCCACAUACCAUUAUACAUUUAGAGGAUCACUUGAUUAUGAAUAAACUUGACUUUGGCGAUAAUAUUUAUACAGAUAAUAUAGAUAUAUGAUCAUGCUCUUUAAAAGAAUAAAUCAAGAGAACCAUAGGAAUCAUUAUAGAACAAUUGUCAUGAAAGCUAUCUGUUUUUUCUAUAUAAUGGUUAUUUCCUUUUAAUUUCUCCUCUUUCCAACUGUCUCUUUCUCCUCUGUAAUGUCUUCUCUUCACAUUCUUUCAGCAUACGUAAAUCUAAUCCUUUCAGGGGUGAAAUCCAGCCAGGUUCUGGAGAACCGGUAGCGGAAAAUUUGAGUAGUUCGGAGAACCAGCAAAUACCACCUCUGGCUGGCCCCAGAGUGGGGUGGAAAUGGAGAUUUUGCAAUAUCCUUCCCCCAGGAAUGAGGAGGGAAUGGGGAUUUUGCAGUAUCCUUCCACUGGAGUGGGGUGGGAAUGGAGAUUUUUCAGUAUCCUUCUCCUGGAGUAGGGUGAGAAUGUAGAUUUUGCAAUACCUUUCCCCUGCCACGCCCACCAAGCCAUGGCCACAGAACUGGUAGUAAAAAAAAUUGGAUUUCACACUGAACCCUUUAUUAGCUUUUUGAACUGAAAUCAAAUAAGCUAGUACUAUAUUUAUCAUAUCAAUAAUAAUUGUAUAUUACGCUGGCUAUUACUGAUCGAAUUGGACAAAAUAUUUCCAGUUUGAGUAGAAAUGGCCUCAAAAUACUUCCUACCUUCAAAGUGGAAGCAGUUGUUUUGAAUUCACACAAGCUGUUCCAACUUCGUUAGAAAUUUUUUAAGUCCCAUUUGAAGCUCAGAAUAUCUGGCCCAAAUUUGAAAUACUUUCCUAUAGGGUCCAGACAGCCCAUGUCAAAGUCAGAACAAAUAUUUUAAACACAAAGCAGAGAAUUCCAAAUUUAAAAUUAUUUCUAAUCUGAGACAUUUUGCACAACCCUAAUUGCUGAUCAUGCAUCAUUGUUUUGCAUUAUGUCUUCUGAAUUAGAAAAUCAAGACAUUAUAAUGUGAAGUUUAUUUUAAAUUUGUGGGUUUUAAUUUUUUUUUAUAUUUUACUCUGUUUAUAUUAACAAAAAUAUAUUUUUCUUUUUUUAAAAAAUCACCCAAUUAGUUAAAUUACUGUCCCAAAUCAUUUAGAAUUCUUGUAAAUCCUUUUAGAAGUUCCUUGUAGAAGUUUACAUACAUAAAAAUCUUGAAUUCGGUAUGUUUGAAAUUAUAGGUCUUUGCAGAAUCUAAUUUCAACCAGCACAAUAGGAUAAAAUUGGUUCCAUGUGUUGUGUGAGACGAGGCAGUUGGGUUAAUCCAAACCAUGAUUCAGUUAACCAGCAUUACAUGUGAUACAACUCAGAUCAAGAAUAAACCAGCAGGGAGCUGGAUCAGCGGUUAAUUCCCUUUCUAAUGUAGUUGUAAAAUGCAUGUGGUUACAAACAUAUUGGGUACUCAGAGUGACAUUUUUAAUAUGUGCUUGUUAGUUUGCAUGUGUACAUAUGGGUUUUUCGAUGAGAUGUAAACUAUUUUCCUUUUGAAAAUGAUAAGUACUAAAACUAAUAAUUUAUUUUGAAGCUAUUUGAAUAGCAUUUUAAAACACUAUAAAAAUACAUUACACCUCAUAAGAUCUACAUGAUGGGUUAAGAUUAAAGGUUAGGUUUUCUCCUUAAGUUUCCUAAACCUAGUAUAGCAAGAAAAGCAUUUGGAUGACUUGCCCAGGUUAUUCACUAAUAGUUCAUGAUUAUCACAGGUGUUGGGCACAUCGUUCCACAAUGGAAUAUUCACGUGUCAUUAUUUGCUUCUGAUAACACACCCAAGAGUCUUGUGGCUGUGUGGUAAAAAUUCCAGCAGAUACAAGGAACCCGAAUCUUUCCGACUUGGUCUACAGAAACAUCAGGAGAAAGGAUUUUUUUUAAAAAAAAUCAAGAUGGUCUCUGCCUGGCUGAAACCCUGUCUUUUUUGGUUGGGGGUUGCAUGUGUGACACCUAUCCUCUUGACCUACUGAUACUCCUUUCCCCUAGAGAGGGCUCUGUUUUUCUAUACAGUUUAUCUUCUUAGAGGUGGUUACUUCCGGGUGCAAAACAUUAAUUUUGACAUACUUGUUAGUGAGCGCUUAUUAACUUUUCUGGGACAGAUAUGAAACUGUGCCAGACUACUUGUUUAUGUCUUUGCCCACGGCAGCAUAGAACAUUUUGUAAGUGAUCUGGUGCAGGGGUGGGUUCUACUUUCCUUUACUACUGGUUUGCAGCGGGGCUGCGUGUGCGUGCGAAGCAAGCAUGCACGCGUGCUCCUCUGCGCAAGCGCAGAAGCGAUGUCCACCAACCGACAUUGGGGUCGGUUGGUGGAGCCUCCCACCGGUUUUACUACUGGUUCUAUAGAACCAGUGCGAACCGGGGGCAACCCACCACUGAUCUGGUGUCAAAUUUGUGAGAGAUUUACACCUUGUUUUUUAAUUAUUGCCUGGCAAUAUCAGUGGGAUUUAGAGUAGAAAGAAGUACAUAUUAUGCACUAGAUGUUUAAAAAAAUCUUAAAAGGGGAUGAUUGAUGGAGAGAAGGCAAUAGGGAGGAUAGGAACAUUUAAUCAGUUAUCUUUCUGCACAAAAACUGUCCAUAUGUCAAGCUGCUUUGAUUGGCAAAUUAACAAAUCAACCUGAUGAUUUAGAAGGCAAUUAAUAAGCCUCUUUCAAACCUUCCUUCAGACUUCUAUAUUCCGUAUAGUAAGGCACUCAAAGUAAUGCCUUAUUCGUUUGAGUCAGUUGCCAAGCGUCUGAACUUGAACUGAUCAAGAGGAACAAUAAGUACUAAAAACAAGUACUGAGUAAACCACGUGACCUAUUCUAUGAUUCUUUAUUUCGGCCAGAAGUAGCAAGUCAUGAGGCAGCCGACACUAGCAAGUCAUUUCGCAUUGAUUACCGGGAGAAAAACAAACACCAAGACAAAAUUUUCACUUCAAAACAUAUUGAGUACCAAAUUUUAUGAGUUUUAAAGCAGCCGAGUACCAAGAUAUGACUGUAUUAAAUUGGAUUGUAAGAAUUGUAGCUGUUUGCUGUAAAUAUUAACAAUUUUGUAAGUAUGGAUUUUGCAUAGGAGAAUUCAUGGGAUUUCUGUGUGUAUUAGAACACAUAGAAUUAUCUACGGUUAAUUUGGUGAUACGUUCAAUGUUUGUUUGUCUAUGAUACGUUGCAAGUUUAUUCAGGGAGGACUUGU